GUAGUUCAGGCUAUUAAAGUGACCGUUUUCUUUGUUUGUAGAAAAUUUUAAUAUCCGUCAAUUGGUUUUAUAAUUUAAAUAGUACUAUUUUGAAGAAUAGUAAUAAAUAUUAUAAAUUUUAAAGGAUUCUUAGAUAAAAACUCUUAGAUAAAACUUAAUAGUAUAAUUUUAAAUAUUAUUAAACUUCUAUACUAAAAUAGUUUUUAUUGAUGAUAAAUUUAUUUGAAAAUUAAGUCAGUUGAUUAAUUCCUCAAUAGUUUAUUCAUUGAUUUGACAGUAUAUAAUUUAAAAAAAACGUGUAUGGAAUCAGAUAAGUUGAAAUUUGUGUGCAUGACAUUCGAUUUAAAACAUAAUAAUGUCCGAUAUAAAAAAUGUUUUAUCUCUAUUAUGUCAGCAUUUAAAUUUGUCAAUUAAUGUUAUGAUGAAACCUGAGUAUUUUAGACAAGCAAAAUUCAAUGGCAUGGAUGAAAAUAUCGACAAAAUAUUUUGGAAAAUAUUAAAUAUUUUAAGUUAUUAUGCUGUGAAAGAGAAACAAAUUGAAACUAAUUUUGAACAAUAUGAUAUAAUAUGGGCUACUAAAUUAUACUUUGCAUAUUUACAAUAUCCAGCAAUAGAGUUUUAUGCUCUAACUGAACAAAAUAAAAAUAGCAGAGCACUAUUAUUAGCAUUUGCAUGGCUUCUUGGAACACAAAAUAUUUUGAAUAUUAUCAUUCAGAUAAAUCUUUCUAAUAGCAUAUUAGCAAGAGAAUUUUCAUACUCAAAUAACUUAGAAAAAAAAGAAACAGAAUGUUAUAUACCAGAAUCGAUCAUUGCACAAAUUAACAAUGUAUUGUACUUAAAUGGUAAAGUAAAUUAUAAUAUAAAAGAGAUAUCUGAAUUGAUUUCUGAGAGGACUAAAUUAGUAAGUAAAAUUCAUGCUGCAAGCAAUAAAAUUUGUGGACUGCCACAUCUAAGUGUAUCAGAAGCAGCACUAAUAAAACGUAUUUCAACAAUUAAUAAAGAUGUUCUAUCUAAUGAAGAUAAAAAACAUAUAAAAGAAUUAUCCACUAUUGCUAAUUUAUUAAAUAUACAUAUAAAAUGGAUGAAGAAAGAACAUAUAUUUUUUGAAUGGAUGAUAACAGUAAUACAAGAACACAAUAAGUUACAAAAUGUCAAUUUAGAAGAUAUGGAUUGGAAUGAAGUUUCGAAGUUCAUUUCCUUAUUAUGUUGUAUAAUUCAAGAAAAAUUAGAAACAUUAUCAUCUAAAGAGAAACCUAUGAAUUUUCUAAACUGUGAACGUAAAUGCAUUUCGCGUUUAUUAAAAGUUCAGAUAGAAGAUAGUAAUACAGAAAUAGAAAAAUGGUUAAUGGAAAUUUCUACCGAAUUGAAUGAAAAGACAGAAAAUAUAGCUAAAAAGAAAGAGAUGCUUUUUAAGAAACUGGAAAAAAUUUUACAAUCAAUUCCCUAUUGUGUGCAAGUUUAAUUUUCAUAAUUAAAAAAAUAUCCAUAUCUUCUUUUAUGAUUAUU